ACUCGAAUCGCCGGAUAACGACGACUGCCCAAGAUGGGGACCCUCACCGCAGGCCAGCUGGAGACCAUCAGCAAUAUCGAGCGAGGCUGCUCAGUGGUUUCGCUCAUCGGAUGUGUCUUCAUCAUUAUAACAUUCUGCGCCUCGAGCUCGUUCCACAAGCCCAUCAACAGACUGGUGUUUUAUGCUUCAUUCGGCAACAUGAUGACGAAUGUGGGCACACUCAUGUCCAGAAGCUUUAUCAGCCAGCCGCACUCUCCCGCCUGCCAAUUGCAAGGGUUCCUCAUUCAGAUGUUCAUGCCUGCAGAUGCAUUCUGGACACUGGCCAUGGCGUUCAACGUCUAUCUGACCUUCUAUCACAAGUAUGACGCGAGAAAGCUGCGGCGAAUGGAGAUUCCCUAUCUCUUAUGCUGCUACGGCAUUCCCUUCAUUCCUGCGUUUGUAUACAUUUUCCUCAAGAACAAAGACGGCUUUCGAGCUUACGGCGAUGCUACCCUCUGGUGCUGGAUUACAACUGAGUGGGAUGUUUUCCGUAUUGCCACAUUUUACGGCCCCGUCUGGGUCGUCAUCUUUGCCACCUUUUUCAUCUACAUUCGAGCCGGACGAACCAUCUAUGAGAAGCACAAGCAGCUCAACGACUUUCACUCCUCCGAAGGCCUGUCUUCCAUCGACGUCAUCACCACGCUCAGGACAACCGAGGUGACGGUUACGACGUCAGAGGCCAUGCCGCAGAACCCUACAGACUUCCGCACACAUGCCGCUCCCUCCAUUUCCGAUCCGGAUGCCAACUACUCCGUGCACAUCUCAGCCAGCGCGCCCGCCGCGGGCGACAAGAUUGAACCCGUCAGACCCGUCGUCACAGAGACGGCCAAGAAGUCGAGAUUGGGGAGGAAGAAGGAGCCGACGGCACGACGACGAAACUACGAAAUCAACAACGCAGCAUGGGCUUACGCAAAGUGUUCGCUUCUCUUCUUCACGGCGCUGCUCGUUACGUGGAUCCCAUCGAGCGCCAACCGAGUCUACUCCGUCGUCAAGGCCCAAGAGAUCAACGCUCCCCUUGAGACCAUGAGUGCCUUUGUGCUUCCACUGCAAGGAUUCUGGAACGCUGCCAUUUACGCCGUAACAUCAUGGGAAGCAUGCAAGAGCUUUUGGGACGAUAUCAAGACUGGCAAACGGCCGGAGGUGAUGGAGCUGGUGGGAGGAGCGGAGCCGCAAGAGGAAACCAACAAACGCCACAGCCGAGGCAUCGCCAGUUUCAGGCCAGGAAACAGAUCAAAGGGCAUGGACUCGGAGAGUAUGACGGAGCUGGCCAACACCCGAACCCAUUCGGCAGACGCCCAUUCAUCGGUGGAGUCCCAUUCAGCGUAUGGACGAUCAAGCACAUGAUGACGACAAAGGUGGAAUGAGAGUUGUGUCGCUUCUUAUUCGGGUAUAUUGUUUAAUCGCCGCUCCGAGCGUGCUGCUCUGGA